UGUCAAACUGCACUAAUGCUACAGUGUAGAUGCAGCCAGGGCUCCCUGAAGGCUGUAGAUCAGAAUGAUGGAGGCUGGACAACAACGGUCACUGGGAAGGAAGCGUGGCAUGCAUCGCGUUGUGGGACUACACUUCCCGGCAGCCUGGGCAAAGCGGCCCCGCCUGCAUCUCCAGGGCUGGACUUUGGCGAAGCCAAGGAGAGAGAGAGGAUCGGGUUUCUCUUUCGCCCGUCAAGGCGCCGCCUCCUCCCGGUGACGGGGAAACAGCGGCUGGGUCUCUCGGACAGGCAAGUCUACGGAGAGGUUUUUUCCGUCCCUGGGCAAGGAGAAGGAGAGAAAGAAGGAAGGAACUCCAGCAUGGAAGCCGUGCCUUGCAAUAACUCAGAUGAACCCCCUACUUCUGCUGUUCUCUUGGACACCUGCCAUUUCUCUCAGGUCAUCUUUACAGACGUGGAGAAAUUCUACGUUCCUGGAGGAGACAUAACUUGUCAUUAUAACCUUUCCCAGCAGAUCAUACCACGCAGCAAAGACUGGGUGGGCAUAUUCAGGGUGGGAUGGAAGACAACUCGCGAAUAUUACACUUUCAUGUGGGCACCUUUACCAAGCAAUGCCAACAGCAGUGAUGCUGAACUUCAACAGGUGCUUUUCAAAGCUUACUACUUGCCAAAGGAUGAUGAAUAUUACCAGUUUUGUUACGUUGACCAGGAUGGACAAGUCCGUGGGGCCAGCGUCCCCUUUCAGUUCCGUGCGGAGGCUGAGGAUGACAUGUUGGUGGUGACUACACAGGGAGAAGUAGAGGAGAUUGAGCAACAAAAUACAACCUUGCUUCAGGAAAACCAGAAACUGAAAGAGAAACAAGAGAGCCUCCGGGAACAGAAUGAGGAUUUGCAGAAGAGAAUCAGCGUUGCAGAGGGAGAAGUGGAGGAGACUAUGCAACAAAAUACAGCCUUGCUUCAAGAAAACCAGAAACUGAAAGAGAAACAAGUGAGCCUCCAGAAGCAGAAUGAGGAUUUGCAGAAAAAACUCAAGGUUGCAGAGGAGGAGAAAAAGGAAUUUGAGGAAAAAGUCUGUCUGCUGCAGACUGGGACGAUGGAGCUUCAGAGAGCUCAGGACCGACAAGCUUUAGAGAUAACCUCUGCUCAAACUGAAUUGGCUGCUGUCAUGGAAAAUAAUAUCAAACUGCAGAAGGAAAAGGAGGUUCUUGAAAAAAGCUUGGAUAACUUAAGGCUUCAUAAUGAGAAAGUCAAUGGAGAAGUCAGUUGUUUAAAAAAGCAGGUUACUCUUCUGGAAACACAGAGCAGUUCUACAGAGAAAGAACUGUGCCGGGUCAAAGAAGAGAGAGAAAAUAUAUUGAUUGAACAGGAACAGCUGGAAAAGAAGCUUAAAAUCACCCUGAGUCAUAUGGAUCAGCUUCAGUCAAAGGUGCAGAGUCAACAGAAAGAACUGGGAGAUCUGCAGCGUGUAGGUCAAGACAAAUCCAGGCACCUAGAGCAACUGAAGGAAGAAAGUCGUAAAUUAAAUGCCGCUUUGCUCAGACAACAAAAUUUGGAGGAGGAACUGAAAGAGAAAACACUCUUGUUUCAGACUCUGCAGAACGAAAUAGAUAUAAAGGAAAAGGAGAAUCAGUGUUUAAGAAGGGAGAAUGAAGGACUGAUGGUACACCUUCCUGAAUUGAUAGAUCAUCCACCAGCUGGGCUCCUCACCCAGUCAGCAGAACAUUCAGGUCUUUUAUUUGGGAAUCCAUAUUCUGCAGCCCCAGAGAUUCCUGAAACAGACUUGGUGUCUGUGAAAAAAUGUCCUCUGUGCAACAACGUUUUCCCUGAUGAUGUUGAAGAGCAGGAGUAUGUGGAUCAUGUACAGAGCCACCUCCUGGAAUGUUCAACUUGCCAUGAGUCUUUUGACAAUAAGCAAGUUUAUGAUGACCACGUCUACUGCCAUACGUUAGACUCACACCUCCUUAAACAUUAAACUGUAAGGGAUUAUAUCUGGGUCUUUAUGAUCUGAGAGUGACUGACAUGGAAUGGGUUUUGUAAGAUGAAGGGUUUGCUGCUGUUAAACUUGAUUUGCCAGGAUUAUUGCAUUUAUAGCAUUGACAAGUUCCUCUUUUGCACUAUACAGCCCAUUCUAUUAAAUGUGCACUUUGCUUGCCUCAGGAAGAGAUUUCUAUUGCUUGUCCUAUCACGUCUUUCAACAGGUUAAAUCUUGGUGCCGGUUAUUAUGAAGAGAGGUGGCAUUUCUUCCCUGUGUGUUUUACUAAGGAUCCUGUCACACUACAUUGUUGUAGCACUGUUAUUCCACUGCCAUGGCAUGAUUGUGUGGAAUUCCAGGGUUUAUAGUUUUAGUGAUGCACUAGAGCUUUCUGGUGGAGAAUUCUGAAUGUCCCUCCCUAAAUUGCAAAUCCCAGGAUUCUGUACAAUGUUGGUAUGGCAAUUAAAGUGGAAAACAGCACUAUAACGGUAUCGUGUGAUAGGGCCCUAGUACUGAAUAGUCAUUCUUUUCCUCUUCUGUUUGUAACAGGCAGGGAUCUCUCCAGUGUAAGCUAUUUGUUCUGUAAUAUAGUGUGUCUAGUUGUGUAAAUAAUAGACGCUGAACCUUUGUUUGCUUUGUUCAUGGUAAAAAAAGGGCAUAAUCCUGAAACAAAGUACAAAAGUGGUGGCAGCCCUGCUGGCUCCUUCUUUCUGUAUGGAUAUAAGAGGAAAGUCUGUGUUCCCACCUAUGUUAUAUCAUGUAUUUAUCAUAAUGUGUAAGGUAGGAGGUAGGAUUUUGUUUCACUCACAGUCUAAGCCUUCUCCAGCCUUGUAAGGUAUUGGCUACAAAAUCUAUGCUUCCCUCACAGCGUGUGUUAUAGUCUAGUAAUUUUAGAGUGCAGGUUUCAAACUCAUUUUCACUGAGGGGCACAUCAGCCUUAUGGUUGCCUUCAAAGGGCCAUUUGCAGUUGUAACUCUGUUGCCCUGACAUUGAAAGCCUUACAGGCCACAUAAAGUGACAUCCUUUAGACUACAUGUCUAUCCUCUAGACAUGUAUUGUAGAGGAUAUGUGGCAAGGAGGACUGAUCUAGGCAUAAUUUCAUGUCCAAAAUAUAUCUGUGAUUGCACAGAAUGAUGCUGUUUUAACCACAAUGACCUAUUGCCCUACAUAACAAAUAUUUUCCAAGAAGGCUGUUUUGAGAAGUGAAACACAGGUGGUUGUAUUGCUAACAUUUCAUCAGCCCUAACCCUACUCGAAGCUCACCAUAGCAAUCCAAAUAGCUGCAGAUUCCAUUUUUUUCUGCACAUCUCUUAUCCUCAGGUGCACAACUGGGGAAGAGGGUAGCCUGUGGCAUCCCUUGGGAGAGAGAUCUGUUUAAGGACGCCUUUAGUUCUGGGAAAAGUUCACCAGAAAGUACUUCUUGCUGAAACGAAACACGCAAAUAGCAGCCUGCUUUUUAACCCAGAUCAUACUCUCAGGAUGAAAUUUGUAGUGAAUUAUGCCCUCAACAAACAAAAAAUAAAGGGACAUAAGGGAAUGAUAGAUAGACAUACUGAAUCAUAGUGAAUUCUGUUGGAUAUGUUUCUUUUUCAUUGGGAGGGGGGAGAUCUUACUAAACAUCCCAUAUUAAGAUACUUUUCUUAAAAACAAAUUUACACAAAAGUCCUAGUGAUUUUGCGAGUCUUCAGAUGUAGCAUGUUUUAAGAAUUCCAAGUCAAAACAAUUUGGAGCCACAUUUCAAUGAGUUUCAUAUGGAAACAGAAGAGUAGGAAUGGGACUGGGCAAUCUAUCCUACUUUUUAAGAAGGCAUUUGGCAUUUCAUAAUAGGUUGAAUUCUGUACCUGCCAUCCCACUACUAUAAAACACUUUUAGACAAUGGAAAAGUAAUUAACUAAAGUCACACUGUGGAAGGUGUGGGACUCCAGGUGGUAUUAGACUACAACUCUCAUUAUUUCUGGCCAUUUUAGUCAGUGGAGAGAGAUAAGAGGAAAUGUCAUCAGCAUCUGGAAUUCCGUACGUUCCUCUUAUCUGUGAGCUAAAUGUUAGGGUUCGGAACUCUAAUAUCACAGAGUACAUGCCCAGAUAAGACUUUACCUCCCAUAUUGAGUUGCUUGCCCUUGUAUGCUUUUGCCAGACUGUGAGGCAACAGCAAGCUACUUAGAAGGACCUCAUUUAAGCAGCUCAUGGAAUAUAAAACUCAGGGCCUAGAAUCAGUUCUGUUUUUUAAAAAACCGAACCAAAAAUACUCACCCGUCCUGUUGUAUUCACUGCCGCUAAAUGCUGAUCAGUAGCUCAGGAAUCAAAGUAAUCAUCUAACAAAUGAAUAUUUUAAUAUGCACUGUGAGCUUUUAAUGCUAAGUUGGAAAUGGCAAGGUUAGAUCCAAAUGUUGAUUUAGUAAAUCUUCAUGAUGAUAAGAACUGAACAGGUUGCCCUGUUUCUUGAAAAAUGCUGUUCUUAAAUGGUUAUUUUUUAUAUUGAUAGCACAUAUUCUUCUAUGCAAGACCAAAUGCUGUAAUGAUGGUCAACUAGUAAGUAUUUUGCUGUGUUCUAAUUACUGAUAAAUACCCAAUGCUGUAGGCAGAAGCAUUUAUUUUAACUAUAAUGGUAUCUUAUUUUUAAUUAUAUUUAAUAUUACCUUUUAAACCGGUGGUGUGUUAAAAUCUGCUACUCAUGAAAAUCUAAAGUUGUAUUGACUGACUUCCUGUGCUUUGAAUAAAUAGACUGAAGUAAUCCUCUUA